UCCGCUUCCGGCGUCUCGCGCAGAGCUGUCAUGGCCUUUACGGGGGCGAGUCGCGGCCGUGCUGCGUCUCAUCGGCCGCCGCAGGGCCGCUCCUCGCGACAGGACAAGUACUCGGUACUUUUGCCCACCUACAACGAGCGCGAGAACCUGCCGCUCAUCGUGUGGCUGCUGGUGAAGAGCUUCUCCGAGAGUGCGAUCAACUAUGAAAUUAUAAUCAUAGAUGAUGGAAGCCCAGAUGGGACAAGAGAAGUUGCAGAACAAUUGGAAAAGAUCUACGGACCAGACAGAAUUCUCUUAAGACCACGGGAGAAAAAGCUGGGCCUCGGAACUGCCUAUAUUCAUGGAAUAAAACAUGCCACAGGAAACUAUGUCAUCAUUAUGGAUGCUGAUCUCUCACACCAUCCCAAAUUUAUUCCUGAAUUUAUCAGGAAACAAAAGGAGGGUGAUUUUGAUAUUGUCUCUGGAACUCGCUACAAAGGGAACGGGGGUGUUUAUGGCUGGGAUUUGAAAAGGAAGAUAAUCAGCCGUGGGGCCAAUUUUAUAACUCAGAUUUUGCUGAGACCGGGAGCAUCGGACUUAACAGGAAGCUUCAGGUUGUACCGAAAAGAAGUUCUGCAGAAAUUAAUAGAAAAAUGUGUCUCCAAAGGCUAUGUCUUUCAGAUGGAGAUGAUUGUUCGAGCGAGACAGUUGAAUUACACCAUUGGUGAGGUUCCAAUAUCAUUUGUGGAUCGAGUUUAUGGUGAAUCCAAGUUGGGAGGAAAUGAAAUAGUCUCUUUCCUGAAAGGAUUAUUGACUCUCUUUGCUACUACAUAAAAGAAAUUACUCAUUUAUACUUACAAUGUUCAUUUCAAUUAAAAGUAAGAGAAAUCUGG